AUUACAGGAACAGGUACAAUAUCUCUACCUAUUAAUAUUUCAAUUAAUCUUGUUCAUAUACCUGUAUUUUCACGUGUCGCGACAUGUUUCUUUCAUAGGGUAUACCUGCCGACCUGCUGUUAAAACAGCGAUUCACAAUUUGAGCUGAUAUUUAUGUGCUGCCUUUUAUGCAGUGUCGAAAACUGAUAUUCAUGUAUAGGUCUGUUUUCAAGCGAAUUUGACUUUUAAAAAAAUAUUAUUCAAUCAAAUUUCCAGACGUAGAAUUAUAUUCAAUUUGAUCUUCAUUCAUCGGAUUCAACAAAGGACGUGUAACGUGUGCUCUGUUUUGGAUGUGUAUUUGUCUGUGAUAAUUAUUGGAAACAUAAUAGGAUUAUUACAAAGGAUAUUUAACGUCUACAAUAUGAGUACGAUUAAGAUGAAUUUAUCCGAACCGGAUUCAGUGAAACCCACAAAUGGCGAGUUGGCACCAUUAACAGAGAACCCUACAAAUGGCGAGUUGGCACCAUUAACAGAGACCCCUACAAAUGGCGAGUUGGCACCAUUAACAGAGAAUGGUGAACCAAGGAAAGAUAAAUCUGUAGUUAUAAUACAUGAACGUGAAAAGAGGUUGAUAUACAGGAUUAGUGAUAAUCCUCCAGUUCAUCUCACCUUUAUGUUCGCUAUACAGCAAUUGCUAACAGCACUAUAUAAUUCUAUGUCAAUGUCAGUAGUGGUAGCUGAGUUAGUAUGUGCACGAGAUGAUGAUGAGAUUAAAACUAAAAUUCUGAGUACCACCAUGUUGAUGUCUGGUAUAUCAACAUUCCUUGUUUCUACGUUUGGAGUUCGACUUCCUGUUUAUCAAGGGCCUUCAAUGCCUUAUAUAAUUCCUUUACUAGCCAUGUCUACAUUAAAGGAAUUCUACUGUCCUAACUAUCAUGAUUCACCUGAAUCGUUAUCUUCUGUAAAUGGUACUGCUGGUAUUUUUGGUGGUGCCAUCAGUUUAAAUGAAACCAGAGAAUUAACAUACAGUAAAAUACAAGCAAUAUCUGGGGGUUUAAUGGCGGCUGGUGUUAUCCAUCUUUUGAUUGGUUUUACUGGAUUAGUUGGUGUAUUCGCCAGAUAUAUUGGACCAAUCACAAUCGUCCCCACAAUUACCUUAAUUGGACUAUCUAUUUAUACUGUGGGUGUUAAAUUCUGUGAAAAACAUUGGGGUGUAGCUGCCGUAACAACCGUUACGGGUCUUAUUUUAGCUUUAUAUUUAAAUGGUAAAAACACACCAUUACCAGCCUACAACAGAACACGAGGUUUUUAUAUAAAAUGGUAUCCAUUACAUACUGUCUUUGCUUUACUGUUUUCAGUUAUUGCUGGAUGGACGUUUAGCGCCAUUUUAACCGUUUCCGGUACUAUGUCUGACGACCGGAACCACGUGCAUCAUUAUGCCAGAACAGACAGCAGGAAUGACGUCAUCUUUCAAAGUCCUUGGUUAUAUAUAGCCUAUCCAGGUCAAUUUGGUACAGUGGGUUUUAGUGUUGCUGCGUUUAUCAGUUGUUUAGUAGCGACAUUGCUCUCUAUUAUCGAUUCUAUUGGAGAUUAUAAUGCAACCGCCAGAGUUUGUUUUGUACCACCACCACCAUCGCAUGCUGUGAAUAGAGGAAUCUUUCUGGAAGGGGUGAUGAGUUUCUUUGCUGGUACAACAGGUGCUUGUCAUGCUACUGUAUCGUAUGGUAAUAAUAUUGGAGCAAUAGGGCUCACUAAGGUUGCCAGUCGACGAGUAUUUCAAGUGAUGGCUAUCAUGUAUAUCAUAUUCUCUGUCGUAUUAAAGAUAAGUGCUGUAUUUAUCACCAUACCGUAUCCAGUACUCGGUGGAUGUAUGAUUCUAAGUUUUGGUAUUUUUAUUGGUCUCAUCUUGUCAAAUCUACAAUUUAUAGAUUUAAAUUCAACUCGUAAUUUAGCUAUUGUUGGUAUAGCUAUUCUACUAGGAUUGAUGUUACCUUACUGGACAGAGAGAAAUCAGGAUGCAAUCAAAACAGGGAAUGCUCAUAUAGAUAAUAUAUUUUUGACGUUAAUUUCAAAUGGUGGUUUUGUUGGUGGAUUUGUUGCUUUUUUCUUAGAUAAUACCGUUCAAGGAACGCUGAAAGACAGAGGACUAGACAUCAAUCAGGAAUCACUGGAUGAAGGUUUAUACGAAGAAGGAUACGAAGUUUAUGAAUUUCAGAGAAUUCCUCGAUUCAUCACAGAAUCUAGAAUAUAUAAACUCUUACCAAUUUUCUCGAAAAAAAAGAUUGGCUGAUAAAUUAAAUACGGAAAUUUAGUCCUGGAAUUGGUGGAUCUCUUUGAUUUGAAUCAAAAAUAAAAUCGUUGAUUUCUUUCGUGUGUUGGUUUUUGUUGGAUGACCAUCUGUCUUAGUUGAGAAUUUUAUGUCUUUAGAUCAGGGAUUGACGAUCUAUGUCGUGGUUUUAUGUGUAUAGAUCGGGGAUUACCAAUCUCUUUCGUGGUUUUAUUUCUUACAUUUAAAGUAGCCAAGUCUCUAACUCAGUAUCAUCCAAAAUCUUCAACAUUGAAAACACGAAUUAUUUGUCAAUUUAAAUCAACAUUGAUAUUGUGAUCUUACCAGGAAAAGAUGGGCUUCUGAUAUCCAAUAUUUAAGACAAUACGUUUCAGCGCCAUUUAAGGGACUCGAAAAACGAGACUAUGCAUAUUCCACAAGUCAUGCCAAACGUUGACGCUAUAUUCUUAUCUGGAGAGCAUGCGCAAUAAAUGUUAUCGGUGCAGACUGGAAUAACCAGAUGCUAGAGAUUGCCACUAGAUUGAGAAUUCUGACUUAUUUCAACGAACAUAACAGUAAAA